AUGACGGACGAUUCUCAGUUAUCUGAUGCCAUAAAGAACAUGUCACUGGCAGACCGCGUUACCUCGAAGUUGACCGACUCCCAAGUCGCUGUACUCAACGAACUCCAAACGAUACAGAAAUCCAAAGAUGAGUUAGAAGUGGAAUUCAACAAGGAAUUGAACAAGUUGCGCCUGAAGUACGAUGUACUCUAUCAGCCAAUCUAUGAAUCCCGCUAUAAGAUAUUGACGAGGCCCUGCGGCCUCGAGUACGGAACUCCAAGUCUCCCAAGGUUUUGGUUGACGGCGAUGAAAAAUAACAAGACCCUGAGGAACAUAAUAGAGGUCCACGACGAGCCCGUAUUGGCAUAUUUGUCAGACGUGACCUCGGAAUACCUGGAGCCAAAUAAACAGGAGUCGUUUAAAAUCACAAUGAAGUUCGAUAAAAACCCAUAUUUUACAAAUACAACACUAGUGAAACAGUAUAACAUGAAGUCAGUUGACGGUGAACUGGAGUCAUUGCUGCAGGGAACAGUGGCCUCUGAAAUUAACUGGCUGCCGGAUAAGAACGUGACGAAGCAGACAGUGACGAAGGUACAAAGGCACAAAAGAACCAAGGAAACCAGGACCAGAGUCGACUUUGAAGACAAGCCGAGUUUCUUUAGAUUUUUCACAGGCCAGGAGGUGCCAACAGUUGAGCAAUUAGCCCAAAUGACCAAAUUAGAGAUUUCGGAACUUGAACUGUAUGUCGAGGAAGAUUAUGAUAUUGGAGUUGUCAUAAGGGACAAGUUGAUUCCGGAAGCCAUAUAUUGGUUCCUGGGAGCGGUAGACGAUGAUGACGUAGAGGACGAUGAACCCGAAAGUUACGAAAACUCCGAAGAUUUGACAACUGAAUCGGAAUAA